AUGAGUCUCUCAUCAGAGCUCAGAAAGGUUGACGCCCAAGCUAUGCUUGGUCUAGCAUUUGGAGUACAAAAUGGGUUUUUGAGCGUGGUGGCAGAUGGAAAAUUGGUAAUGGCCAGUGUUGUGGAUUCACUAUUUUGGCCCGGGGCUAUUGAUGGUGAGUACUCUUGCAAGCUUGGGUACUCUUUUAUAAGGGACCAUGAUGCAAGAUCACUUUUGGCAGGCUCUUUGACAGCUUCUCCCUUUCCAUCCAAUAUGUGGAGAACUUUCUGGAAAUCUAAGGUUCUUCCUAGAUGCAAAGACCUCACUUGGCGGGUUUGUUGCUCUCUCCUUCUAGUUCGUUAUUCUUUGUGGAGGAAAGAUUUAGAAGCUAUGGCAAGGUGGCAAGCAACAUCUUAUGCGUUGUGGGAGGCUAGAAAUAAAGCCAUUUUCCAAAAGCAGGCUUUUGAUUGUGAGACCGUGCUCAAGAGGGCAGCGUUGUUGGACCCUAUGGAGACUGCGCCUGAGAACCACGGUGUUGAAGGAGCUGUCCAGCCCGCGUGUUGGAGUCGACCACCAAGGGGUACGUUCAAGAUCAACUUUGAUGGUUCUUGGAAGGAGAAUUCCGCGUCUGGGCUAGGUAUGGUGGCCAGAAACCAUGAUGGCCCCGUCCUUGCAGCUGCGGCCGUAGUGGUGGAGCGUCCGUCGUCGGUGGUGGAAGCGGAAGCCUUAGCUCUUCGAUGA